CCCCUCCCUUGCCUCACCCCCUUGUGUUGAGGUUGGAGCUAUGGCGGCCGCGGCAUCUGUGGGUCCUGGCCUAGGGUCCGGGCCUGGGGACUCCCCAGAAGGUUCCGAGGCGGACGCUCCAGAGCGUCGGCGGAAGGCUCACGGGAUGCUGAAGCUUUACUACGGCCUUUCGGAGGGGGAGGCGACGGGGCACACCGCAGGGCCUGACCCUCUAGACCCAACAGAUCUCAAUGGGGCGCACUUCGACCCGGAAGUUUAUCUGGACAAGCUGCGUAGAGAGUGUCCUCUGGCCCAGCUGAUGGACAGUGAGACGGACAUGGUGCGGCAGAUCCGGGCUCUAGACAGCGACAUGCAGACCCUGGUCUAUGAGAACUACAACAAGUUCAUCUCAGCUACAGACACCAUUCGAAAGAUGAAGAAUGACUUCCGGAAGAUGGAAGACGAGAUGGACCGGCUGGCCACCAACAUGGCAGUAAUCACCAACUUCAGCGCACGUAUCAGUGCCACGCUACAAGACCGACACGAGCGGAUCACCAAGCUAGCAGGGGUACAUGCACUACUGCGGAAGCUACAGUUCCUUUUUGAGUUGCCUUCGCGCCUCACCAAGUGUGUGGAGUUGGGUGCCUAUGGGCAGGCUGUGCGCUACCAGGGUCGUGCCAGGGCCGUGUUGCAGCAGUACCAGCACCUGCCCUCCUUCCGCGCCAUCCAGGAUGACUGCCAGGUCAUCACAGCACGUUUGGCCCAGCAGCUGCGGCAGCGCUUCAGGUGUGGUUUCCGGGCCUGGUCAUUGUUCUCCAAUCACAUCGAGUGCCCCCCACAUUUUUUCUCCCCCACAGCCCAGAAGCUGUCCUCACUGCAUCUCUGUCACCACAGGGAAGGCUCCUCAGGUGCUCCAGAGCAGGCCGAGUGCGUUGAGCUGCUGCUGGCCCUAGGCGAGCCCGCUGAGGAGCUGUGUGAGGAGUUUCUGGCGCAUGCUCGGGGACGGCUUGAAGAAGAACUCAGCAGCCUGGAGUCCGAGCUGGGGCCCUCUCCUCCAGCGCCUGAUGUGUUAGAGUUCACCGACCGUGGUGGCAAUGGUUUUGUGGGUGGUCUCUGCCAGGUGGCAGCAGCCUACCAAGAAUUGUUUGCUGCUCAGGGCCCGGCUGGUGCAGAGAAGCUGGCAGCCUUUGCGCAGGAGUUGGGCGGCCGCUAUUUUGCACUGGUUGAGCGGCGGCUGGCACAAGAGCAGGGUGGUAGUGACAACUCACUGCUGGUGCGGGCACUAGAUCGCUUCCACCGCCGCCUGCGAGCACCUGGGGCCCUGCUGGCUGCUGCUAGGCUUUCAGAGUCGGCCACAGAGAUUGUGGAGCGAGUGGCCCGGGAACGCCUGAGCCACCAUCUGCAGGGUCUGAAAGCUGCCUUCCUGAGCUGCCUGACCGAUGUUCGCCAGGCCCUGGCAGCACCUCGCCUAGCUGGGAAGGAGGGCCCCAGCCUGGCUGAGUUGCUGGCCAAUGUGGCCAGCUCCAUCCUCAGCCACAUUAAGGCCUCACUGGCCUCUGUGCAUCUCUUCACUGCCAAGGAGGUGUCCUUCUCCAAUAAGCCCUACUUCAGGGGCGAGUUCUGCAGCCAGGGAGUCCGUGAGGGCCUCAUCGUGGGUUUCAUCCGCUCCAUGUGCCAGACAGCCCAGAGCUUCUGUGACAGCCCUGGAGAAAAGGGAGGUGCCACGCCCCCUGCCCUGCUCCUGCUGCUCUCUCGCCUCUGCCUGGAUUAUGAGACAGCCACCAUCUCCUACAUCCUCACACUCACUGAUGAACAGUUUCUGGUGCAGGAUCAGUCUCCCGUUACACCUGUGAGUACACUGUGUGCAGAGGCCAGAGAGACAGCGCGGCGGCUGCUAACUCACUAUGUGAAGGUGCAAGGCCUGGUCAUAUCGCAGAUGCUACGCAAGAGUGUGGAGACACGGGACUGGCUCAGUACUCUGGAGCCCCGGAACGUGCGAGCUGUCAUGAAGCGUGUGGUGGAGGACACGACAGCUAUUGAUGUACAGGUGGGGCUCCUGUAUGAAGAGGGUGUCCGCAAGGCCCAGAGCAGUGACUCCAGCAAAAGGACCUUCUCUGUAUACAGCAGCUCCCGGCAGCAGGGCCGCUAUGCACCUAGCUACACACCCAGUGCUCCGAUGGACACAAACCUCUUGAGCAAUAUUCAGAAGCUGUUCUCUGAACGAAUCGAUGUGUUCAGCCCUGUGGAAUUCAAUAAGGUGUCGGUGCUGACUGGCAUCAUUAAGAUCAGCUUGAAGACAUUACUGGAGUGUGUGCGUCUACGCACGUUUGGGCGAUUCGGGCUGCAGCAGGUGCAGGUGGACUGCCACUUCCUGCAGCUCUACUUGUGGCGCUUUGUGGCAGACGAGGAGCUAGUGCACCUGCUGCUGGACGAAGUAGUAGCCUCAGCUGCCCUGCGCUGUCCCGACCCAGUGCCCAUGGAACCCAGUGUUGUCGAGGUCAUCUGCGAGCGCGGCUAGAACCCGCCGAUGAGUCUCGUAGCAGCCCUCUCGCCCUGUCCUCCCUGUGCCCUGUUCUCACCCUGGAGUCCCUUCCCCGCUGGCGGGUUUAUGGAUCCUUGUAAUAAACUUAUGUUUAUGUCCUC